GUUUGGUCGACAGCUCACGCGCAAGGCAGUUUGCACAGCAUGAAUCCCGUUGCUGGCGCCACUCACAUGCCGGUUAUGGCACCAAACUUACUUGUUGGCCUCCCACCGGUCGCAGCACAUCACAUGAUCCAUGGGGUGGCACCUGUUGCCAUCCCCCCAGCACCUGCUGAGGUGACUGGCUCUCCAAACAAUACACUGUAUAUCCGGAACUUGAAUGAGAAGAUAAAGCGUGAUGAGCUGAAGAAGUCACUCUAUGCAGUUUUCGUUCAGUUUGGUCAGAUAUUGGACAUAAUUACCUCCCGGACAUUGAAGAUGCGUGGACAAGCCUUCGUUGUGUUUGACGAUGUGAACAGCGCGACUACGGCCCUUCGGGCUAUGCAGAGCUUUCCCUUAUAUGAGAAACCUAUGCGAAUUGAGUUCGCCAAGGGGGACUCCGAUAUAAUAGCCAAGCGGAAAGGGACUUACGUUGCUCGACCCAAGGCUCUUAGUCGUGCUGCUGCCGCAGCCGCAGCUGAGGCAGCAGCUGCUGCUGCAGCAGCCUUCGAUGCCUCUGCAGGUCCGCAAGGUGGAACUAGUGCACGCGCCAUCAGAAGACGACAACAAAGAGCCGCAGCCGCUGCAGCCGCUGCUGCUGCUACUUCUGGUGCGGCUGUGCCACCACCACCGAACAUGGACGGCGGAGUUCAACCAGCGAUCACCCAACCGGCUCCACCACCAAUAAAUCCUGCUAUGAUUCCCGAUCAGCCGCCGAACAAGAUCCUCUUCUUAACUAAUCUACCGGAAGAUUCGGAUGAAGCCAUGCUGAGCAUGUUGUUCAAUCAAUUUUCCGGCUAUCGUGAGGUCCGCAUGGUCCCUGGACGGCAUGAUAUUGCUUUUGUCGAGUUUGCCACCUCUGACACCUGCCUGAUGGACAUCAGGCCUAACCAUACACUGUAUGUGAACAAUCUAAAUGAUAAAGUGAAAAAAGCCGAUUUGCGGAAAGCCUUAUACUAUCUGUUCGGGCAGCAUGGACGACUAUUGGAUAUUAUAGCCAUGAAGACAAUGAAGAUGCGUGGACAGGCGUUCAUAAUCUAUCAAGAUGUGCAAUCAGCCACCACAGCGUUGCGAUCUCUCCAAGGAUUUAAUCUAUUUCAGCGGCCUAUGCGGAUAGCGUACGCCAAGCGAGAUUCCACACAAAUAGUUCAACUGAAGGGCGUCAGUGCCGAAGUUCAGAAGCGUCGGGAAGAGGAACGUGAGAAGCGAAAACGAAGGAAGGUUGCUCAACGCCUGGCAGCAGCCGCCGCGGCUGCUCAAGCAGCUACUCAGGCAGCAAACGGUCCGGCGGGAACUGGAGAUGCCCUGAAUUUAUUGGACCAACCCAACAAUAUUCUGUUUGUAACAAAUCUCCCGGAAGAGACAACGGAUGCCAUGUUGACCAUGUUGUUCAGUCAGUUCUCCGGUUUCAAGGAGGCCCGGCGGGCACCAGGUGGCGUUUGGUUUGUGGAGUACGAGUCCGCUGAACAGGCCGCCGCCGCUCGCUCUGCUUAUGAGGGAUUCAAACUGACACCAACUCAUGCGAUGCAAAUCUCGUUCGCCAAAAAGUGAACGACUUUGCUCUGAUGGGUUCCGCGAGACGUGCUGCGUGUUUCCGCAAAGGUGACCAAGCGGUCCUGUACAAAAU